AUGGAGGGCGAUGACAUCGUUAUCACUGGCUUCUCGGCCUACUUCCCGCAAGCGGAUCACCUGGUCGAGUUUAAGGAGAAGCUGUACGCAGGUGUCAAUAUGGUCACCGAGGAUGACUUGCGCUGGCCUCCAGGGUUGAACGGUAUGCCAAGACUGCAUGGCAAAAUCCGAGACCUGACCCGCUUCGACGCGCAGUUCUUCAACACGCACCCGAAGCAGGCACACGUGACGGACCCGCAGUUGCGAUUGUUGUUGGAGACGUCGUACGAAGCCAUCGUGGACGCUGGCUACGACCCGGAGAAGCUGCGGAAGCGCAAGAUCGGUGUCUUCAUUGGCAAUUCAGCCUCGGAGUCAGGCGAGGCGUUCAAAAUGGACCCGGCGAAAAUGGAUGGCUACGUCAUACUGGGAUGCCAUAGGGGCAUGUUUUCCAACCGAAUUUCAUACUCGCUCGACCUACAGGGGCCUAGCAUGACUAUCGACACAGCCUGCUCGUCAACGCUGGUAGCCCUGAACGAAGCCGUGCUGGCACUUCGUGCGGGACGCUGCGAGGCGGCCAUCGUGGGAGGAGCAAGCGUCACCCUCGAUCCCCACGUCAUGACCAACUUCAGGAUGCUCGGAGUCCUGGCACAAGACGGCAAGUGCAGGCCCUUCGACUCAAAGGGCGUUGGCUACGUUCGAAGUGAGAGUGUCGGCGCGUUCUUUCUUCAACGCUUUUCUGACGCCCGACGCGUGUACGCAAAGGUCGUCAACGUCAACACGAACGCAGAUGGUUUCAAGGAAGAAGGUGUACCAUUUCCGUCGGCCGAAGCGCAGGCGAAGCUUUUCCGUGAUAUAUUCGCCGAAGUCAACGUGGACCCCCGGAAAGUGGUUUAUGUCGAGGCACAUGGAACCGGAACCAAGGCUGGCGGCAUUAGCGAGCUUGAGGCACUCAGCGAAGUGCUUUGUUCACCAGGGCGCGAGAAGCCACUCAUGAUCGGAUCUGUCAAGAGCAACAUGGGACAUUCAGAGAGCGCUUCAGGUGUCCCCUCUGUGGCCAAAGUUAUCCUCGCCAUGGAGACGGGAACCAUAGCGCCCACUCUGCACUUUGAGAGUCCUGACCCGGACAUGCCGUCUUUGCACGAUGGACGCGUGGAGGUGGUUCACACGCCGACGCCGUUCGACGGCGGCAUGGUAGGCAUCAGCUCCCAGGGCAUCGGCGGUGCAAACGCGCACGCAGUCUUAGAAUCCAAUCCAAGUCCGCAUGUGGACUCCCUUCCGCGGUUGAAGCCGGAGCUUCCGAGGCUUGUUCUUAUGGCUGGAAGGAGCAACGACUCGUUAAUGGUGAGUUUCGUUACGCGUUUUAUGAAAUCCUUUACAUCCUUACACUCUAGCACUCAAAACUGUAUCGCCAGUGUCACGAGGCACAUGAAGGUAACAAGGACCGUGAAGGGGAGUGCAGUUCGAUUUUUUUUCUUUGUAAUAUGGUAUGAACGAACCGUUAUGUUUAUUUCAUUACCGUCAUCUUCGCAGCGCACAUUGGAUCGAGUUGAAGCCGAAUCACCGUACCCAGACUCCGGGUAUGCCCUCCUGAAUCGUGUCGGUCAGCCAAGCGUGAAGCUAUUCCCGUAUCGAGGCUUUACAAUUAUACCCGUGGACAACUCGGACAGGACGAUCGUUAAGGUAGCCGAGCGGGCUCCGUCCAAAAAGCGACCCCUCUGGUUUGUGUUCAAUGGCGUCGGCUGCCAGUGGAACGGCAUGGCGCGCCAGAUGAUGCAUUUUGAAGUCUUUGCUGACUCUAUCCGCAAGUCCCACGCAUUGCUCAAAGAGCAACACGGAGUCGACCUGAUCGAUCUGCUGACCUCCGACGAGCCCCAAUGCAAGACACUAGGAGGAUCUUUUGCCUCCAUUGUUUCAAGUCAGGUUGCGCUAGUGGACAUGCUGCAAGCCUUGGGCAUCGAACCGGACGGCAUGGUGGGGCAUUCAGCUGGCGAGGUUGGCUGUGCUUACGCGGACGGAGGCCUUACUGCCGAGCAAUCCGUUCUUUCAGCCUACUGGCGAGGCCGCUGCAUAGAACAGAGCUAUGCCUUCGAUGGUGCCAUGGCUGCAGUAGGCAAGUGUGAGUUCUCCGUCGAUGGAACGAGCGAAGACGGCUACAAGGACAUCGGUCGUGGUGGCAGGAGUGAUGGCAAAAAUCGACUCACGUGGGAAGAGGCGAAAAGACGUUGCCCUCCUGGUGUGUCCCCCGCUUGCCACAACGCGGAUGAUUCUGUAACCGUGUCUGGUACCGCCGAAGCCGUAGAGGCGAUGGUCACGCAACUCCAAACUGAGAACAUCUUUGCCCGCAAGAUUGACAGCAUGGGCGUGGCUUUCCACAGCAAACACAUCGAAAGCAUCGGCCCUGCCUUCCGGGAAGUCCUAAACAAGGCCAUACCCCAGCCAAAGCCACGUAGCAAGCGCUGGAUCAGCACAUCGGUGCCAGAGAGUCGUUGGCACGAACCUGGCUCGCAGCUCUGCUCUGCGGAGUACCACACCAACAAUUUCUUGAACCCCGUGCUCUUCCGGGAUGCCCUCAAACAUGUGCCCAAGGACGCCAUCUUGCUGGAGGUCGGACCACACUGCCUUUUGCAGGCGAUCCUCCGACGUGCUGUAGGCCCCGACGCUACUUGCCUGGGCCUCAUGAAACGCGACGCUGACAACCUGCAGUAUUUUCUCACCUCACUGGGCCAACUUCACACUCUUGGGGUCGAGCUGGACUUGUCGGUGCUUUAUCCUCCAGUUCCGUGGCCCCUGCCCCGUGGUACGCCUAACAUCGGCCACUUGGUCAGCUGGGAUCACUCCCAAAGCUGGGAUGUCGCUCAAUGGAAAGAUUUUCCUUCCCCAGAAAAGACGUUCGAAGAUGUUAUGGACGUUGACAUCGGAGCACACAGCGAAGACAAGUACUUGGUCGGUCACCAGCCAGACGGACGUAUCUUAUUCCCUGCGACUGGCUACUUGGUUUUUGUUUGGAAGUUUUUGUCCAGCCGCCAUGGAAGACCUAUGAACGAGACACGUGUAAUCAUCGAGGACGUGAAACUGCAACGUUUCACGAUCCUGCCUUUAACAGGUCGCGUGCGCUUCCAGAUUAGCAUGAUGCCUACAUCUGGGGAGUUUGAAGUGUCCGAGGGCCGAGCCGUGGUUUGCCAAGGCCGGAUCCGCUUGGUCGAAGAAGGCGAGACGGUUCUCCUCAAGGACCCUCCGGGAGCACCUGCUGAGACCGUUCUGUACGAUAUGGACUGUGCGGACGUUUACAAGGAGCUGAGACUGCGUGGAUACCAGUACUACGGUGCCUUCCAGGCUACGCUCAAGGCUUCCUCGGAGAAACCAUAUGCAAAGUUGAAGUGGGAGGACAACUGGGUGACCUUCCUAGAUGCGAUGGUGCACAUGGCCUUCAUCUGGAAGCCGAAAAGGUGCUUUGUCUUGCCUGUGAGGAUGCAGUCGAUCCGCAUCGACCCCGUUGUUCACGCACGGAUCACCGAAACGGUCGGGGACGCCGGAGUGGAUCUCGUCUGUAACCCUCACCACAACAUCCGCCGUGCUGGUGGCGUCGAAGUAACAGGCAUAAAGGUUAACAGCAUACAGCGUCGCCCAAGGCUCCAGACGCCAGUCAUUGAAGAGUAUCGAUUUGUUCCUUACCUGGAUAAUGAGGUGGUCGGUAGAGAGCGUGAGAAAUUUUGGCGAGAGUAUGCUGACGUGUGUUCCUGCAUCAGCCGACGUGUCAUGGAGAAGAUCGAGGACGAGAAAAGUCACUCCGACAAAGCUUCUCACAACUUCAUCGACGUACCAGAAGAAGUGCUCAACCGGUACAUCGAAAACAUUGCUCCAAAUCAGGGCUUACUCCAGCUGCUUGUUACCGCUGACAAAGAAGGCAACGACGCUGCCUCACUGACUUCCGCAGUGAAAUCGGCACUGCUUACCUCCAAGAAAGCUAUCGAGGAUGAUAUGCUGAACACCGCAAUCCUAGCAGAGGACCCCCUCAGAUAUAUUCUUGAUGUAGUGCUCGAAAAUACGAGCUCCAAGAAAAUUCGUGUGCUAGAAUUGGCAGACAAAGAGAGUGUCACAGCCAUAGGUCCACGGGUGUCAGCUAUUUUAUCCAUGUACGAUGUGCACCUCAAGACUGAAUAUACUGUCACACACAUCAACCCAGACAACCUCGCACCGGAAGAAGCCCCCGAAGGCAAACUAGCGAUCACACAUGAUCAUCCUUCGGUCCCUGGCUCAGAAACGUUGCCUGAUGCUGACUUGGUGGUUGCUUUCUGCGGUGUCAUGAGUGCCUCUGUUGACCUGGAUACUUUGGCUGAAAAAGCGCACUCGCAGUGCAAGGAACACAGGUUUGUUCUUCUCUGCCAUCGCGCAGCGCUGACCCCGGCCGAGGCGCUCCUGUCGCACGUGAGCGGUGUUCCCUUUGCAGUUUACUCCGAGAACGCGAUGACUACCGUUCUUACGGCUCGUGGAUUUAGGUUGGUGGCACAAAAGUCGAAUAACAUAUCGGCGCUUCUGCUGUUCAGGAAAGUUACCGUAACCGUCGAUGCUACCAAGCAGGUGGUUGUCGGCGUGCAGAAUGCACACUUCGGAUGGGUCGAGUCGCUGAAGGAAAAAGCUGUUGAGCACGAGAGGGAGCCAACUGGAGAAAACAUCUGGCUACUCGCAGAAGACGACGGCAAAAGUGGUAUCCUGGGUUUAACCAACUGUCUUAGAACGGAGACCGUUGGACGUCACAUUCGGUGCGUAUUUGACGCCGACGUUAAAGGUUCCAAUAGCGCAGCCCUCUUCAACCCAACCAACCCUGCCUAUAAGGACAUAAUAGAGAAGGACCUGGUCAUGAACGUCUACCGUGACGGACAAUGGGGAUCCUACAGGCACCAUGCUGUCCAGUGGUACGAAGAGUCGAAGAAGACCACGCCGUACGCUUACCUCAACGUCCAGACGCGCGGAGACCUGUCGAGCCUCCAGUGGUACGAGUCUCCGCUGAACUACCUCUCCCCUUCCGAGACAACCGGCUCCGAGGGACUAUUCGUCGACGUUUACUACUCGUCUGUCAACUUCCGUGACAUCAUGCUUGCCAGCGGAAAGGUAAACAUGGACACGGCACGUGGUGAAGACGUCGCUGACGAGGCCUUCCUCGGCAUGGAGUAUUCAGGCCGCGACCGGAACGGACGGCGUAUCAUGGGAAUGGUCAGUGGCAAGGGCAUAGCAACCGCAGUCACUUCCGACCCGAUCAUGGUGUGGGAAAUUCCCGAAAGCUGGACCAUGGAAGAGGGUGCUACGGUCCCCGUGGCGUACUCGACUGCCUACUACGCUCUGGUGAUACGCGCCGACAUUCAACCUGGGCAGUCGCUCCUAGUCCAUAGUGGCAGCGGAGGCGUCGGACAAGCCGCAAUCUCCAUUGCUCUUUCCAUGGGCUGCACGGUCUUCACCACUGUAGGAUCUCAAGAGAAGAGAGAAUUUCUCAAGCGACGCUUUCCAGUGUUAAAAGAACAAAACUUUGCAAACUCACGAGACCUGUCCUUCGAAGAACACAUCAUGUGCGAAACUAAAGGACGGGGCGUGGACUUGGUGCUGAACUCGUUGUCGGAAGACAAGCUGCAGGCCAGCGUGCGCUGCUUGGCAACUCACGGCCGCUUCGUGGAAAUCGGCAAGUUUGACCUAUUCCAGAACAACAAUCUGGGCAUGUCCGUCUUCCUCCAAGACAUUAACUUCCACGGGGUCAUGUUGGACAGCUUGCUGCUCCAUAACACGGCAGCUAUGGCUCACAAACGCCGUCUCAGAGAGCUUCUCGACGAAGGAAUAAAAUCCGGCGUCGUGCAGCCGCUGGAUGUCACCGUGUUCACCCGAGAAGACAGCGAGCAGGCGUUCCGUUUUGUUGCCUCUGGAAAGCAUAUUGGCAAGGUCUUGAUCAAGAUGCGGACGGAAGAGAGCGAGCCCACGACUCGCGCGCCUCCGCUGAACAUAGAAGCAGUGGCGCGUCCCUGCUUCUACCUUCACAAGUCCUACGUCAUUGUCGGUGGCCUGGGUGGCUUCGGUCUGGAGCUCGCCGAGUGGAUGGUGUCACGUGGCUGCCGCAACCUGCUCCUGGUCUCAAGGAGUGGUGUGCGUACGGGCUACCAGAGGCUUUGUCUUAAGCGUUGGAGCCACCUGGGGGCCACUGUGCUCGUUAGCAACGAGGAUGUCUCUACGGAGGAAGGCGCUCGCAAAAUUGUCGACCACGCAGCAGCCAUGGGUCCUGUGGGCGGGAUCUUUAACUUGGCCAUGGUUCUUCGCGACGCCUUAAUUGAGAACCAGUCGCCCGAGAUGUUCGUUGAUGUGUGCAAGCCAAAAGUUCUGGGAACUCAGUGUCUCGACGAUGUGUCGCGAAAGGGUUGCCCUGAGCUCGACCACUUCGUCGUCUUCUCCUCCUUGGCUUGUGGUCGUGGCAACGUUGGCCAGACAAACUACGGCUUCGCGAACUCCGUCAUGGAGCGUCUUUGUGAGCGCCGUGUGGCGGAUGGAUUCCCCGGCUUGGCCAUACAGUGGGGCCCUAUCGGAGACGUUGGCGUAGUCCACGAUGUCUUCGGCGAAGACGCGACAGUUGCUGGGCUUUUUCCACAGCCAAUAAAAUCUUGUUUGGAGGUGUUGGACUACUUCCUGAGCCAAAGCCACCCCGUCGUGUCCUGCUUUGUCAAGAAAAGCCAGUCUUCAGAUUCAGACAGCACGGAAAAGCGAGAUCUCAUUCAGAGCGUGGUUCACAUACUUGGGAUCAAAGACCCAUCGAAGUUGAGCCCGACGGUCAGCCUCGGGGAGCUGGGCAUUGACUCCUUGAUGGGCCUCGAGGUAAAGCAACUGCUGGAGCGAGACUACGACGUUGACCUGAGUGCGCAAGAAAUUCGGCAGCUUACCAUCAAUCAGUUAAAACAGAUCAGCGAAGCCUGCAGCGACAAUUCGCCAGUGCCUGAAACGGCGGCUCCGGCCGAAGGAGAAGAAGCUUCACCUGGAAAUGAGGAGGAGGAGGAAAAGGAAGGAACAAAAGAUAUGGAACGGAAAGAUUGAACUCAAGGCGGUGAAUGGCUUUUGCGAAGACCCACCAUAGGAAGUGUGAGCACCAACGUGAAGAUACCAUCAGAAGAGCGCAGCCGGAGAGUUACAUCGAUGAAGUUCAAUAAACUUAGGCUUGAAAUUACA